CUUACUGGACAAUGCCACAUGCUUGGUGGACACUAUGGACUUUGGGGGCCAUCUUCAGCCUCUUCCAACAAGUGGUCUCUGAUCAGACUACCCUGUCUUGUGACCCCAAUGGCUUCUGUGACGGCCGCUCCAGAGAUUUUCGCAACAUUCCCUCAGGGCUCACAGCGGCUGUGAAAAGCCUGGACUUAACUGGCAAUAAGAUUUCCUCAGUGAGCAAGACUGACCUGCAGGGCUGUGUGAAACUCCAGAUUCUGAGGUUGGGGUCUAAUGGAAUAAUCAGCAUAGAGGAAGAUUCCUUCCAUUUCCUGAAGCUUCUUGAACAGUUAGACUUAUCCUAUAACCAACUGUUGAAUUUAUCACUCUCCUGGUUUCAGCCCCUGUCUUCCUUGAGAUUCCUAGACUUACGGGGAAAUCCUUACCAGACACUCGGGCCAAUGCCUCUUUUUUCUUCUCUCACUCACUUGCGAAUCCUGAGGAUUGGGCAUCCCUCCACCUUCAUCAAGAUCCAGGAGAAGGACUUGGCUGGGCUGAUGUUUCUUGAGCAACUUGAGAUCGAGGCAUCUAAUCUCCAGGCAUACGAGCCCAAGAGCUUGGCAUCUGUGCAACAGAUCCACCAUGUGAUCCUGCAUCUGAGGCAGCCCUUUCUGCUUUUGGAGAUGUUCAAGGACCUUUUGAGCUCAGUGGAAUCUUUGGAACUGAGAGGAACAGACUUGAGCGCGUUUCACUGUCCCGACCUGCCUGUCCGGGAAGGUAGUACCGUGAUGAAAAAGCUCACCUUUAGAAAUGUAGAGGUCACUGAUCAAAGUUUCGGUGGGCUGAUGAGACUGUUGCAUUACGCCUUGGGGGUGCGGGAACUGGAGUUUGACGACUGCACUCUGAAUGGGAAGGGGGAUUUUAACACCUCAACUCUGCAGGUGAAAGACAUCAGGAACCUGGAGACACUGACCAUCAGGACCCUCCGCAUCCCCCAGUUCUUUUUGUUCUACGACUUGCAGAGUAUCUAUUCACUCACAGGCAGGGUGAGAAGAAUCACCAUCGGCAACAGUAAGGUGUUCCUGGUGCCCUGUUCACUUUCCCGGCACUUAACUUCCUUGGAGUACUUGGAUCUCAGUGACAAUUUAAUGGUGGAAGAAUAUUUGGGCAACUCUGCCUGCGAGGGUGCCUGGCCCUUGCUGCAAACUUUGAUUUUAAGGGGCAAUCAUUUGACUUCCCUAGGAAAGACCGCAGCCAUCAUGCUGACGCUGAAAAACCUGACCCAGUUGGAUAUCAGUAAAAAUAAUUUUCUUUCCAUGCCAGAAACAUGCCACUGGCCGGCAAAGGUAAAUCACCUGAACUUAUCCAGUACCAAGAUCGGCAGUUUAACCUUCUGCCUCCCACGGACUUUGGAAGUUUUGGAUGUCAGCAAUAACAACCUCCUUGCCUUUUCUCUGAUGCUACCACAGCUCAGAGAACUCUAUAUCUCCAGAAACAAGCUAAAGACACUCCCUGAUGCCACAUUUUUACCCGCCUUGCAUGUCCUGUACAUACGCAGAAAUAUGAUCAGUACUUUCUCCAAGGAGCAGAUUGACUCUUUUCCAAAGCUGACGGCCCUGGACGCUGCGGGCAGCAAUUUUAUUUGCUCCUGCGAGUUCCUGUCCUUCACUCGAGAGCAGCCACAGCUGGCCCGGCUCCUGGUCGACUGGCCUGACAGCUAUCUGUGCGACUCUCCCUCCCACGUGCGGGGCCAGCGGGUUCGGGACACGCAGCUCACAGUGUCCGAAUGUCAUUGGGUGGCUCUGGUGUCCACCGCAUGCUGCGUCCUUCUCCUUUUGGUCCUGCUCACCACCGUCCUCUGCCGCCGUCUCCACGGACUGUGGUACCUGAAAAUGACCUGGGCCUGGCUGCAGGCCAAGAGGAAGCCCAGGAGGGCACCUCCGAGGGACAUCUGCUACGACGCCUUUGUGUCCUACAGUGAGCAUGACUCCUACUGGGUGGAGACUGUCAUGGUCCAGGAGCUGGAGCAUCUGGACCCGCCCUUGAAGCUGUGUCUGCACAAGCGGGACUUCAUUCCCGGCAAGUGGAUCAUCGACAACAUCAUCGACUGCAUCGAGAAGAGCCACAAAACCAUCUUCGUGCUCUCGGAAAACUUUGUGAAAAGCGAGUGGUGCAAGUAUGAGCUGGAUUUCUCCCACUUUCGGCUCUUCGACGAGAACAACGAUGCUGCCAUCCUUGUGCUUCUGGAGCCCAUCGAGAAGAGGGCCAUCCCCAAGCGCUUCUGUAAACUGCGCAAGGUCAUGAACACCAAGACCUACCUGGAGUGGCCCCAGGACGAAGCUCUGCACCCGGGCUUCUGGGUAAGCCUGAGAGCUGCGCUGAAGUCCUAGUUCCUCCGUGAAGGGCCAGCAUUUGUCCGGGCUGGUCUCCUGAAACUCACUGUCCCUAUGUCUGACCAACACAGUCACCUGUCAGUUGCACGGACAGUCUGAGGAAG